AUGAGCUACUCGUCCAACCGUCACCACUUCAGAAGUGGCACCGGUUCCUCGACGUCCUCGCAGACGGAAGUCAGGACUUCGCGUCGGCAAACCGCGAUUAUUGAUGUCGAGGACCAGCGUGAGAUUCACCGCUGGACGUAUGAAUCUCGUCAGGAGGAGGAUUACCUCGACGAGCAAGAUCUCGAGCACCGCCGCCGUCGAAGCCCAACCCCGUCUCAUUACGAGACCGACUGUGACAACCCCGAGUACAGGUUUCUUCUCGCCUCAGACGUCAGACGUCAGGUCCGCCAGGCUCCUUCGUAUCAUGGUGGAAAUCACGGCUAUCCCCAUCGGUACUUCAAUCGCGAGAGACUCCCUGUCAGAUCUGAAGCCCCUCGCUACGAGCAUCCCAUCAUGCCAAGUCCGGGUGAGGGUAGGGAGCCCGACAACUGGAGACCUGGACUUAUUCCGGGACCCGUCAGGGCGAUCUAUAACGAAGACGACCGCACCGUCUUCGAGGUGGGAUACCACGAGCGUAGUGCCGCAUCAAGUGGACCGCACGUCGGUGCGAGACAGAGUAAUACCCCGUUUAGGCUCGCCAGGUACCAUCCAACUAUUGACCACAGGGAUGAAGACGAGAACAGGCGCUAG